UAUAAUCUUAACAAUACGCUUAUAGUCACUAUUGGAAGAUCGCUGAACGAGUUAGUAUAUAGCUUUAAACUACGCUCUAUCCUAGAUAUACUUCACUGUAAGAAGGGUACCGUUGCCUCCGUCGAAGCCAUCAGCGCUAUCGCAAAGAUAUAUUACAACGAUAAGUAUACACCUACCGAGUUCGAAGUAGGAGACACCUGGGCAGGACCGUUCAAGAUUAUCUAUAAAAUCGAUAGGAACGCCUAUAAGCUUAACUUCCUAGCUAGUUGGAAAGUCUAUCUAGUGGUUUUAGUUUCCUAG